GCUGAUCGAGAGGUAGAGGCGGCGGCGCCAAAUCUUUUCUGGGUUUAGAGAAGGCGGCUGGGGUUUUGAAAAGAGAAGAGAGUCAUCGGCGAUAGCUCGUGGUUUCCGGGAGCUUAGGAAGAUAUAAAAGAGUAGCUACCGGAGUCCGUCGCCCGCCGUGAAGCAGCUGCAUAGACGGCCGGCGUCGCUGCGUUAACACUGCUUUUUCCCCCCCGACUUAUUCUCGGAACAGCAGGUUUGAGUGCGCCGCCGCUAGCGGUAUUGUCUCUGCAACUAAAAGGGUUUUGUUCAUUCCGCAUACGAUUCCUUGCCUUGGAUUACUCUCACGAUCACUGGAAUGAAAUUGGCUAGGAUGUCCGACCUUCUACGCCCCCGCUUCUUCAACCAACUUCUUUGUGGUGAAGGUCAGACCUUUCUUCGCUGCUUAAACAAGUGGCAGUGGAAGCACCUCCAAGAGAAGAAUGCUUGGGAGAUGGAGACACGCUUGCUCGACCUAGGUAGAAUGGGAUCCCCAAUUCAUGUUAAGCUAGCUGGUGAACCAAUCCCCAGUUCUUCCGAUUCCUCUACCAAUUGUAACCACAUGACACUAGAAUGUCACUUGAAUGCUAUGGCUGAUCAUUUGUCGGAAGGAGCUGAUUUGUUGAAUGAAGAUGAUGGCUCUCUGCAGCUAAGGGCAAGGUUGCACAGACCGAAUGAACGGCCUGGAUUGAUCAGGGUAGGCAAUCUUAGACAAGGUUCAGUUAGGUCACCGAUUGAUUUGAGGAAGUUAAUGGCGGAGCUGCGAGGUAAUUCAACCUCUAUUUAUAAUUUCUCAACAAGUAGGGACUAUUCUACCCUGAGAAGUGCAGGUUCUCAGAGUAAAAGUAAUUUGGGCAAGUCUUUUGCUCAGAGACGAUUCAAAUACAGAAAAAAUGAUAGUUCUUCGAGCGACGAUGAUGUGGAGAAUGCUGAUUAUCGGGAGUCCGGCCCGGAGGAUCGGGUGGCUGUGGGUGGAAAGAGACGUGCAAAAGAGAUCGGGAGCUUAGCUGCUUUAGCGAAUUAUGAUGUGAAGGUUAGGAAACGAGUCCCAUUGAAGAAAAUUGAGGAGGAGCUUGAUUUUUCAAAGGAUAUGGAGUUGAUUAGACAUGAGGUUGGCAGGCGUAGGUUGGUUGAAGAAGCUGAUAAGACUGAUGAAGUCAAGGAAGAGCCAUUUCUUAGUGAAAAAAGAUUUGAUGAGUGUGGUAUAUCUCCAUUGACAGUUAAGGCAAUGGCAGCGGCUGGCUAUGUUCAAAUGACCAGGGUGCAGGAAGCUACCUUAUCUGUUAGUCUUGAGGGGAAGGAUGCUGUGAUUAAGGCAAAAACUGGCACUGGGAAGAGCGCGGCUUUCUUGCUUCCUGCAAUUGAAGCAGUUUUGAAGUCAGCAAGUAGCAGUGCCAAGCAAAGGGUCCAUCAAAUAUGUGUGCUUAUUCUCUGCCCUACUCGGGAGCUAGCAAGUCAGAUAACUGCAGAAGCAACUGCUUUGUUGAGGUUCCAUGAUGGAAUUGGGGUUCAGUCACUAGUUGGAGGUACUCGUUUCAAGGAUGAUCAGAGACGCCUAGAGUUUGACCCUUGUCAGAUAGUUGUUGCAACUCCUGGUAGGCUACUAGAUCACAUAGAGAACAAAGGUGGUUUGUCUGUGCAUUUGAUGGGAUUGAAGAUGCUAAUACUUGAUGAAGCUGACCACUUGCUAGACUUGGGAUUCCGUAAAGAUGUGGAGAAAAUUGUGGAUUGCUUGCCUCGUGGAAGGCAAUCCUUACUGUUCUCUGCAACUAUUCCAAAAGAGGUCCGCCGUAUUUCUCAGCUUGUACUGAAAACAGACCAUGUUUUCAUUGAUACAGUUGGUCUGGGAAGUGUGGAAACUCCUGUCAAGGUUAGGCAGUCUUACCUUGUGGUUCCACACGAACUCCAUUUCCAAGUUGUACACCAUCUCUUGAAAAAACACCUCAUGCAAAUACCUGAUUACAAGGUCAUUGUCUUCUGUACAACUGGGAUGGUAACAUCCCUGAUGUACCACGUUCUUCGGGAGAUGAAAAUGAACGUGAGAGAGAUGCACUCGAGGAAGCCUCAACUCUAUCGUACUCGCGUCUCUGACGAAUUCAAACAAUCGAAGCGGUUGAUUCUUGUUACAUCUGAUGUUUCAGCUCGUGGAAUGAACUAUCCCGAUGUCAGUUUGGUGAUUCAGGUGGGUAUCCCUUGUGACCGAGAACAGUACAUACAUCGUCUUGGAAGAACCGGGCGGGAAGGGAAAGAUGGGGAGGGAGUCUUGUUGUUGGCUCCAUGGGAAGAAUAUUUCUUGGAUGAAUUGAAGGAGUUGCCUCUUGAGAAACUCCCUUCACCUGACAUAGAGCCACCAGUUAAACUUAAGGUCCAGUUUCUUACUCUUUUACGUAUAUCCGGGCUUCUCACUGUGUGAUGCAUGAAGUUGUAUUGAAUUUACGGGGGGGUUUGUUGUUUUGGCAAUGCAGCUGGAGAACUCAAUAGCAAAAGUUGAUACCAGCAUAAAAGAGGCAGCAUAUCAUGCUUGGCUGGGAUACUACAACUCAAUCAGGGAGAUCGGGAGGGACAAGACGACGCUUGUUGAGCUGGCCAAUCAGUUCUGCGAAUCGAUAGGAUUGAAGAAGCCCCCUUCAAUCUUUAGGAAAACUGCACUGAAAAUGGGAUUGAAAGACAUCCCUGGAAUCCGAAUUCGUCAGUAGAAGAAAGGCCAAGCUCGACUAACAUGGAGAAGACGAUCAAGAUUGAGGAGAACCAUUUGCUAAAGAGUAAGAGAUCUCAUCGUUGUGUUUUUAUGUUGCACCCCGUUACUUUAUCCAUCACUCUUCACUUCUCCAUCACACUCAUGCUGAUUGAGCGACUUCAUGCUUUAGAUUUUUGAAACCUUCGAUUUUAAUAGUUGAUGGCCUGUAAUUAUUUCUCAUCUAGUUGAAUGAUCCUGCCUUUGGACUUGGA